UGUGGAUGAUUGUCAACCCUCUGCUCACAUCACUUGUCCUGUUAAAACCAUGAUUAAAGCUCCAGGAACACCUGUCAGAAACAGCGCAGGCUUCAUUACUCCCACUUUUGGUGUUGUGAGCAGCAGUGCACCUCUAGGCCCCGCCCUGGAUCGCCCCAUGCCCCGCCCACACCCUAAAGACGAAGCCUCAUUGGUCCAGAGGGCGGAACACAUUCCUGCUGGAACUCGCACUCCAAUGUGUGCUCACUGCGACAUGGUGAUCAGGGGUCCAUUUCUGGUGGCAAUGGGUAAAUCGUGGCACCCGGAGGAGUUCACCUGCGCUCACUGCAGUGUUUCUCUGAGCGAGCUGGGCUUUGUGGAGGAACAGGGCUCCGUUUACUGCCAACACUGCUAUGAAGAGUUCUUCGCUCCUACCUGCUCACGCUGCCACCACAAAAUCCUGGGGGAAGUGAUCAAUGCACUCAAGCAGACGUGGCACGUGUAUUGCUUCCUGUGCGCUUCCUGUCAGCAACCUAUAAGAAAUGAUACGUUUCACCUGGAGGAUGGAGAGCCGUACUGUGAGAGAGAUUUUUACAGUCUGUUUGGGACGGGUUGCCGUGGCUGUGAUUUCCCAAUAGAAGCGGGAGACAAGUUCCUAGAGGCCCUGGGCGGCACCUGGCACGACACCUGCUUCGUGUGCACAGUGUGCAGUGUCAGCCUGGAGGGUCAGACCUUCUUCUCCAAAAAGGGCAAACCGCUUUGCAAGAAACACGCUCACGCUCUCAAAAUAUAACAUAGCUUGUUGAGGAAUAAGCAAAAAAUGAAGAGAUAUUUACAACCAUACGCAGGAAAUGCCACAUUCUCUCAUAGGAAAAGCAGCUCUGGUGUGGUUUGGAGUGAAGGUUGAUCUGUUGAAUGGCUCUUUAUGCCGAGUUCAGACUGCAUGAUUUUCAAAGUAGUCGUGUCACAGAUGUUUUCACACUGCAUGACUAUCUGGGCUAGCAUUUUGUCGCUGCUGUGUUUACACUGUAAGGUGGAUCAGAGACAGGGGGUUUCACACUGCGUGACUUUAAAAUAGGAAGAAUCACUGACAACUUUGUCCAAACGACUUCUCACAACCAAAAACACGUCGUAUAUCUUUUGUUAUUAAUGACAUAAUGAGAAAGAAGCCUUAAUGGGGUAGGAAAUGUACAUAUUUGCUCACUUGGGUUUGAAGGGAAUUAGCAAUUUCUCCUCAACUUUUUUCUUUUUUGACCUGGUUGUGAUAUUGCUCACAUGAUGCCUCAAACAGACAUAAGUGCUCCUGCCAAAUUUACACUAGUUUUUCCUCCAUUUCUUGAAUCCAAAUAAACUGUAAAUAAGCGCUUUUAACUUCUCCUCCAACCUCCCGAUGGCCUGCAGAUACCCACACUAGUGGAUGCUGCUCUCUCAUUGGCUGUAGGUGAUCGUCGAUGUUAUUUUCAGUCAAAACUCAUUUCACACGGCAUUCUUUUAGAUCGCAUCUUUGAUAGUUCACACUGUGUGAUUGUUACUCACGUGAACGAGCACCGAUUUGCCUGUGAUUUCAUACAUUUGUCGGCGAUUUCUCAAAACCUGACGGCGAGUCAAAAUUGGGGCUAAAAUCAUGCAGUCUGAACUCGGCAUUAGGAACAUAUGCUUGAAUUAUUGACUACAGUUUUUUCUUUAUUGUUUUGCAUUCCUCUCUCUGUUUCUCUUAGGGAUGUGUUCAAACAUUGAAAGUCUAGAUUGAUCAAACCAAACUUUGGUGCAAUUGUUAUGUUUGAUUUUGACUUUUGAAUUAUUGCUAAAUUUCCAUUGCAUUGAUUUCCAUUUCCACUAUCAGAAGUACCAAAAUAACAAACCGUACUGUACCUCUUUUUUUGGACACAUUUUUAAAGGGGACCUUUUAUGCCCCUUUUUACAAGAUGUAAAAUAAGUUUCUGAUGUCCCUAGAGUGUGUAUGUCAAGUUUUAGCUCAAAAUACCACACAAGUAAUGUUUUAUAACUCUUUGAAACUGACCCUUUUAGGCUUUGUUACUAAUUGUGGAGUUUUAGUGACUGUCGCUUUAAAUUCAAAUGAGAUUGCUAAUGAGUUAGAGAUGGUCACUAAUGGGCGGGGCUUUCCUCCUCUGAUGACACAUACGAAUGGAGAAUAUCAAUCAAAGAGUUUCUGAAGACUGUUUUUAUCAAGUCUUAUUAUAAAAAAUAAAAUUAAUAUGUUUCACCAUUUAAA